AUGGGGUUUGAGCAAAAGCAACCCCAAGGGUUUCUCAAGUCCCACAAUCUCAAUUUUCAACUCAAACAUGUCUUCCAUUUCCUCUUCUUCCUUGUUGGAUUUUCCUUUGGAAUCAUCCUUUGCUUAUACUUCAAAACCUAUUCUCUCACUAAUCCAACCCCUCCUAAUUCUCCUUCUUCCUUCUCCGCUUUGCCACCGUCGUCAUUUUUGCUCGCACCCGUCAGCUCUCCUCCACUGUCACCGCCUCCAUCACCGCCCGAUCAGUCUCAGCCUCGGUCUCGACCUCUUCUAUUUUUAUCAAUCCCGAGAAAUGGGAGCUCCUCCUCUAACUCUUCAAGGGUUAUUGUUUCCCUUGAAGAACAUAAGUCUUUGGUUCAUAACAUGAGUGAUGAGGAGCUGUUUUGGAGAGCCAGCAUGGUUCCAAGAAUUGUGGAGAGUGACAAGACAGUUCCAAAAAAGGUGGCUUUCAUGUUUCUGACAACUGGACCUUUGCCAUUGGCAAUUCUUUGGGAGAAGUUUUUUAAAGGCCACAAUGGCUUAUACUCCAUUUAUGUUCAUUCACAUCCUUCUUACGCUGAUGAAAUGCCUCAAACUUCUGUUUUUUAUGGUAGAAGGAUCCCAAGUCAGGCUGUGUAUUGGGGGACUGCAAGCAUGAUUGAUGCUGAGAGACGCCUUCUAGCAAAUGCCCUUUUAGACUUAUCAAACCAAAGAUUUGUUCUUCUCUCUGACUCAUGCAUCCCAUUGUUCAACUUCACCACCAUUUACAACCAUGUCAUGAGCUCAAACCUAAGCUUUCUCGGCUCAUUCUAUGACCCGAGAAAGUCUUGCCAAGGCCGCUACAACCCCCAAAUGUCGCCUGAGAUAAACAUCACCGACUGGCGAAAGGGUUCCCAAUGGUUCGAGGUACAUCGAGAGCUCGCUCUUCACAUCGUCUCCGACACGAAGUACUAUCCAAUCUUUAAAAACUAUUGCCUCCCACCUUGCUACAUGGAUGAGCAUUACAUACCAACUUUGGUGCAUAUGUUGAAGCCUGAACUUAAUUCUAAUAGGAGCAUCACUUGGGUUGAUUGGUCGAAGGGAGGCCCUCAUCCAAGUAAGUUUGGAUGGAAUGAUAUAACUGAUGAGUUCUUGAAUAGGAUAAGGUUUGAAUCAACAUGUAAUAAUGAGAAUUAUGAUCAAUACUAUUCCACUUCUUCCAUUUGUUUCCUUUUUGCUAGAAAAUUUUUGCCAAACACUUUGGAGCCUUUGUUGAGGGUCACUCCUCUAUUGCUUGGUAUUGAUCCAUAG